UGUUUGAUGUCUGUAGGCACUACAGGAGAGUUUUACUGCAGGCUCUAGAUAAAGACCUGAGAGAAGAGAUGAAGUAUAUCACAGCCAUCAUAGAGGAUCAGCCUAAGAACUACCAAGUCUGGAAUCACAGGCGGAUGGUGGUGGAGUGGCUGAACGACCCGGCUGAAGAGCUGCAGUUUGUAGCAGAAAUUCUUAGUCAAGAUGCCAAGAACUACCACGCAUGGCAGCACAGACAGUGGGUCAUCCAGGAGUAUAAGCUGUGGAAUGGAGAGCUGGAGUAUGUGGAGGAAUUGUUAGAGGAGGAUGUGAGGAAUAACUCCGCUUGGAAUCAGAGACACUUUGUCAUUAGUCACACCAGCGGAUACUCCGACCCUGCCAUCCUCGACAGAGAAGUGCAGUACACCCUGAAACAAAUAAAGAAAGCUCCUCACAACGAGAGCGCUUGGAACUAUUUAAAAGGGAUCCUACAGGAUGGUGGGCUCUCCUCGUAUCCUGGACUGCUGGAACAGAUGACAGAGCUUCAGGACACAUGUAGUUCUCCAUAUCUCACUGCCUUCCUGGUCGACCUCUACGAAGAUGCUCUGGAGACCAAUAACUCCAGCUACGACCAGCAAGAAACACUAAAAAAGGCUUUGGAGCUUUGUAAGCUCCUGGCCGAGGAAAAGGACACCAUUAGAAGGGAAUACUGGAAUUACGUGUCCCGUUCUCUGCAGAACACGUAUGGCUCAGGUGACCCCAUUUCCUCAUCCUCUGACCCGUCACCUCCUCCCACGUCCCAGCAGCCCGACAUGGAGGCCAGUGACCCUUGAGGAGAAACGCAGGCCUGGACACAUGCUUAGACAGAGAAAUUCUGAGACAUGAUAGACUCUUUAUCUUUGUAUGAGUGCUUGGGUGUGCAGGCUUUAACAGCAGCUCUUGUAAGUCAGAACGGUGUAAA